UGAAAUGCAUUUAGAGGGAAAACUUAGAGAGAGAAAACUGAAUUGGAGUUCAAAGAGCAAAUUGCCCAAGAUUGUGGUGAGAAAAUAACGAGUCAACCGAGAUCAUAUUAGUUCGAGCAGCGCUUUUGUUGGGGAGAGAAGAUUAAAUCGAAGAGCAAGAGAAUUUAGAGAGAGAAACAGUGAUUUACAAGGGGCCCUGCAACUCAAAGCGAGUUCUGCGAAAGAAAUCUAGAGAGAGAAACUAGGUCGGGAAACAAUGGGGUUUGAGAAAGAGGCCCUGCAAUUCCAAUUAACAAAUUCGAUAGAAGUAUCUGCUCUUCAAUUCUCCUAUGAUGAUCAGCCCCCAUUGUUCUCCAAUUUUAACCUACAUAUUUCCCCUGGCUCUCGAUGCCUACUUAUUGGCGCUAAUGGAUCUGGGAAGACUACUCUAUUAAGGAUAUUAGCAGGAAAGCAUAUGGUUGGAGGCAGGGAUGUCGUAAGAGUGAUUGGUCAUUCUGCAUUUCAUGAUACACAGCUUGUGUGCAGUGGUGAGCUUGCAUAUCUUGGAGGUUCUUGGAGUAAAACUGUUGGUUCUGCUGGUGAAAUUCCUCUCCAAGGUGAUUUCUCUGCCGAACACAUGAUAUUUGGAGUUGAAGGAGUAGAUCCUGAAAGGAGAGAGAAGUUGAUUGAUCUGCUUGAUAUUGAUCUGCAGUGGCGAAUGCAUAAAGUGUCUGAUGGGCAGCGACGCAGGGUCCAAAUUUGUAUGGGGCUUCUUCAUCCAUUUCAGGUGCUUCUGCUUGAUGAAGUCACAGUCGAUCUGGAUGUUGUUGCUAGGAUGGAUUUACUUGACUUCUUCAAAGAAGAAUGUGAAGGGAGAGGUGCUACCAUUGUCUAUGCCACCCAUAUCUUUGAUGGGUUAGAGUCCUGGGCUACUCAUGUGGCAUACAUUCAAGAUGGUGAAUUGAGGCGUUCAGAGAAGCUUGCAGACGUGAAUGAGAUGAAAAGCGCGAAGAAUCUAUACUCUGUUGUUGAAUCAUGGCUUCGAUCCGAAACCAAGACCAUGACAAAGAAGGCCUUCAAUCCCGCAAGCCAUGUGCGCAGGGUCCCCACAGUUAAUGAUGCUUCUCCCUUUAGAUCAUCUCGACACAUGGCUUACUAUCGUUGAUAUUACCCCAAUUCUAAAGAAGACUUCACAUUAUACUUCACCGGAAUUCAAGGUAUGUAGGCCCUUGUUUUUAUCCAAAUAUACAUUUAUUUUUUCAUGUAAUAAUGUUUGGGGAAGGCAUAUGUAUUUAGAGAAGGGAAACUGCACCAGGCAUUGCCUUUGCAUGAUACAUACUAUACAAACAGGUCACCGUCGAUCCAUUCUUAAAUAUAGAUGAUGAAGACUCAUUGUAGUUAGAUGAAUGUUGCUUAUCGGACACUACAGUUGUAUACCAUAUACCCUACAUAUGUGUAUAAUAAUAAUUUAGACACUGUAUUUGAUUAGUUAAUUAUUCUUUUUUCUUUUUUCUUUUUGUCCUGCUGGGAAAGCUGAUGAAUGUUAAAUCUAUUUACAAUGUUAAUGGUUAAA